GAAACAUACUAAACACGUUGCUACUGCUAAUAAUAUUAAGAUAAAAAAAAACUCUUCCAUCAGCUGUAGUAUAGCAAAACACAGAGAGAAUAUUUACUCGGGUAUCGACCUUCGCACACUAUUAAUUACAAGCAGAAUUACUGGAGUCAACCGAUCCCAUUGAAGAUGAGCCUGAGAAAGCAGACCCCGAGUGACUUUCUGAAGCAGAUAAUUGGGAGACCUGUGGUGGUCAAACUGAACUCUGGAGUCGAUUACAGAGGUGUCCUGGCCUGUCUGGAUGGCUACAUGAACAUCGCCAUAGAGCAGACAGAGGAGUAUGUCAAUGGACAGCUUAAGAACAAGUAUGGGGACGCCUUCAUUAGAGGAAACAAUGUUCUAUACAUCAGCACCCAGAAGAGGAAGGUGUAGGCUAAAGAUGACUCUGUGAUUUCAUUUUUUUUUUUUUUUGUUUGUUUGUUUUAGUGAUUCAUGACGACGCAGCUGUGCUUAAGUUUUUGGUUUUGUAAAGCCUGAAUUCCUGAACAAUGUUCGUUUUGUAAAAGUGGAAUAUGUUAAUAAAUUCUGAGUUUUGACUUA